GGAGGGGGAGGGGUGAAUAUGAAUUCAAUAGGCACAAUCGCGAGUCAGUAUAGGAGCGGGAAAAGAUAAGAAGCGCGAGCAAGUGGUGUCGGGUAGGGCAGUUGAGAACAGCAAGCAGUUCGAACGGCGCGAUACUCUCGUUGAUGCAUCUACUCAUCAUCGUUCUUUAACGUUCAGCAGUGUUCGAUCCCGUGGUGGAUUUUCGACGAACGUGUGAAAAUCGACAAAUAUACGCUUUCUUGUGCUAUACACGGAUAUUAGAAUGUCAAUGUCGCGCGCGAAAUCAUCGAAAGGCAACGACGGUAAGCCGUUUGCAUGCAUCAGUUUCCCCAGAAGCAGAUCCAAGAACAUAACAUGUAUCUCCUGCAACCAUAGAUUCUACGUACCAGUUGCAGAUAAGUCGUUACUGAUUGGAAACUUGAUACCUUUGUUAUUAUCUUGUGGACAUCCCGUAUGUACUGGAUGUGUGAAAAAGAAAAUUAUAUAUUGUUCUUCAUGUAAUAAAGAUAUACAAGACAAUACAAUUAAGAAACUGCCAUUGAACUUGUACACUCUGGGUCUGCUUAUUUCAUCAAGCCAACGUCCAAUGGAAACCAAUGAUGAAGAUUUUGUAUUUUGUCAUACGGUAGCUCUAAAGUUACGUCAGAUUAAAAGCCAAGGAUUUUGUUACGAAUGUGGAACUUCUGCUUCUAUUAAGUGUGUACAAUGUAUGGUACUCUUUUGUUCCUGUUGUUAUUCUAAAAUUCAUGGGAAAGCAUUGCAGAAUCACACACAGAUUUCGCUAGUCAAAGAGGAAUAUGACAGCUUCUGCACAAUUACAAACAAUUGUUCAUCAACAUGCAGUGAAGCAUUAAGCUAUUUUUGUAAUGAUUGUGGUACAUCUGGUUGUUCAAACUGCAUGCUGCUCAAACACAAAAUGCAUGAUUAUGUUACUCUAAAAGAAAAGAACAAGGAAAUGAUACCUGAGUUCAAUGAGGUCAAUCAAAAGAUUAUGGUGAAUCUGCAAAGGAUCAACCAGACAAGAAAGAAGCUUAAAUCGACUUUAAUAUCGACGUACGAGCCGCAAGAAUGCGACGACGUCGAGAUGAUAAUCACCAAGCACUUCGCGCGGCUGCACGGCGUCCUCCAAAAUCUGGAAGCGGAAUUAAUGAACCAGCUGCAGCAACGGCGCAACAGUCUGAAAAAUAACUUGGCGGAGGUUGAGGUGCAGCUUCGUGCGCAUGAGGAACAAUUGAACAUCGCGGUGACGAUGGCUUCCUACGCGGCCAACAAUUUUGACAAAGUGGACAUGCGAAACGCGAUAAAGGUCCUCAGCGAAAUGGCAGAUCUUCCUUGUCACGUGAUUCGUAAUAAUUAUAUUGAAGACGAGGCGAUGUCGUUUACCAUCGACGAAGAGAUUAUUCCACUGAUGGAAAAUCACUGUACGCUUCAAGUGCCGCAAGUAUCACGCUACCAACUUGUACGGACUGAAGUGUUACCGGAAGACUACGUGUUGGAGCCCGUGGCGAAAGACUUCAUCGGAAAUAUAUUUAAUGAAACUUCGUUGCUAAAAGCGAUCAAAUCGCCAACGCAGAAUACACUGGUCGCAUCGAACGUAUCAACAGUGACGCAGACCUCCCAGCCGGAAAAGACACACGAAGACAAAGACGUUAAUAAGCAUCAAGUAGAGGUAACACACAUCGUCAGUCCAUCGUUAUUCUUCGUCCGCUAUCUCAGCUCAAAGGCGAAAUUCAUUCAACUGGAGAAAGACUUGCAAGCAUACGCGGAAACCUGCGAGAACAAUUCGGUUGAACUUCAGCAAGAUGACAUGUGCGUCGUCAAGCAACUGGUGAAGUAUUCUUGGAACCGAGGGCGUGUGAUCGCAGUGAAUACGAGCAACUCGUUUGAGACGACGUAUGAUAUAUUUUACAUAGAUUACGGCUACAAAGAGCAACACGUGACGAACUCAAGGAUAUGGAAUAUUAAGGACGAGCACCUGAAGUUAAAACCACAAGCGAUCCAGUGCUGUUUACACGGCAUAGUACCCUUGAAGAAUACGUGGACGAACAAGAGCACGAAGGAUUUCAUCAAGUUACUGCGAGAUGUCUCGGUGUUUAUGCACAUCGUUAAGCACAACACGGACAUACUGCACGUGGACAUUUGUACCACCUCCUCGAAAGACAACAGCAUGGGCCCGCAAUCGAUAUGUAAUGCUAUGAUAUUCAUGAAACACGCGCGUAGCAAUACUUCGACGGCCCAGAUGCGUCUAGCGAAUAUCGCUUACGCGUAUCAAAGAGAAGAACUUAUGUUAAAUAAGGUAACGUCUGUUGUCAUCACCCACGUCAAGUCACCGGCUAAAAUUUACGUUUCAAAGAAAGGACAACGGCAAGUUGAAUAUAUGAAACUGUUGGAUGAGUUAAAUGAAUAUUGUGAAAACAACACUGAGCCACCGAUUAUUAGUACGCCCAAGGAAGGUUUACCAUGCAUAGCACAAUACUUGGACGAUAUUUGGCAUCGCUGUGAAAUUGUGAAAAUAAUUUCCAAGGAUGAAGUUGAAGUCUUUUACGUGGAUUUAGGGCAUACCAUUACUCUAAGUUGCGACCUAUUGCGAAUGAUUCCGUAUAAAUACACUCAAUAUAAAGCACAGGCAAUAAGAAUAGCGUUAAUGUACGUGAGUCCCGAUCCCGAUGGAAAAUGGAAAACAGAAGCAAUUGAUACGCUGUCGAACAUCUUCGAUGGUGUAAUUAGUGUCAAUGUGAUCCCUCGAAAGAAAAUAAACGAUGGAUAUGUCGGUUGUAUGAAUCUAGCUGGUAUUUCGGACGUAAGCCGACUGUUAAAAUCCAAAGGAGUCGUCACUAAUCGCGAUCACAACAAAUCACAACACACUAAAAAGAUUGUUCCACAUAAUAUCGAUACAUUAGAAUCGAUAGACUCUUCUAUCAAAGAGCUCUCAUUGAUAAAGUCAGAGUCCGAUACUAAAUCCGUCCAGGAAGAAGAGACGAUCAAAGAUCCUUUCAAAAUGGAGGUGUGCAUAAAACGAUUGGUCACACCGGACUGCAUCUACGUUGCGCAAACAGAUCACAAGGAAUCGAAUGAAAACCUAAUUACAGCGAUGCAACAGUUCUACAAUAGCUACUGCUCCGAGGCACGAGACAAUUGGGCUGAGAACGCGCUAUGCGCCGUGUACUCUGCGAAAGACAAGAGCUACUUCCGCGCGCAGAUCUUGAAGAUAAAAUCUCCGACAGAGGUGUUGGUUUACUUCUGCGACAUAGGCAUCGACGAGACGGUGACGAUGAAGGACAUACAGGUGCUGCAUCCAAAAUUCACGAAACAACCAGCGCAUUGCUUCAAAGUGAAACUGGCUGGCAUUCUGCCCUGCGGUGGAUCGUCCAUAUGGCCAUCAUUGUCCUGCUCAACAUUGACUGACAUUAUACGUACAAAUUCACGCUGCAAAUUUUACAUCACUAAACUGGUUCAGCAAGAGACAUGCGAUAACGUGAUUCCUGUAGAACUUUGGGUAAAACAGAUAAAAAUACCGGGACCGUUGGCGCCGAGCAAAGUGGAAAUUAAUUCUGUCAACAGAAUGUUGGUGGAGAAUGGCGUCGCUUUACCUAUUAAAGAUUACUUCUCCAAGACGGACUCGGUUCUUGUUUUGGAAUUCAAGCGACAAUUGCUGAACAGUCAUCGACUUGUGUCGAGUGACGAACAGAAUGAUAUACAGUGGAUUAAUAAAAACGCUUGUCGCAGCGUCAAUUGCAAGAUCGAUGACUCAUCGACAUCGUCCGAAAACGAAUUGUUAGAUCAAAAUAUUAGCGCUGGCAUAUCGGAGAAGAAACUCGAUUGUUCGAAGAUGCAAUCUGAUUGGCUACCGCCGGUUGAAAUAGUAGAAGAAGUAUUCCAUGCUAUACCGACAUACGUAGACAACGAUGGUGCUGUGUAUUUACAUUCCUUGAAACAGAAUGCCCAGUUAAUUAAUUUCAUAGAAUAUGAAUUGGAAAGUCAUUUCUUAUCUAAGGAAAUCAAAAUAGAAAAGAAUUGGGAGAAAGGGGAUAUAUGUAUCGCGAAAUAUCAUAUUAACAAUAAAUGGUACCGCGGUAGAGUGCUCAAAGUUUCCGGAACUCUUUUGCAGAUAGAAUUCGUCGAUUAUGGAAAUGUAGAGGAAUGUAAUAUUUCUUGUGCGACGAAAAACAUUAAAAUGGAUCAUAUUCCUAUACAGUGUACCAAAUGUGUCAUUAGCGGUCUAAGUCCGGAAACCGCAAGUGGCAAUUGGAUGUUGCAUGAUUUAGAUCGAUUGCAUUUUCUUCUUGUUGAUAAAAAAUGUGAAGUGUGCAUUCUACAGCGGUUACCCACGCAUUUGAUUGUAUCAAUAAAACUAUUAGAAGAACGUCGCAAUAUUCUUAAAUUGCUCUCAGAGUACAAAUAUUUGUCAGAUAUGAAAAUUAAAAUUGAACCCAAAGAAUGGAACAACGCGAUACAUGAAGAAAAAGCGCCCGACUCAACAUCAAGCUCCGUUCGAAAUUCCGCUGUUGAAGAAAUAACUGACAACGUUACGAUCGCCGACACUUCACAGAAAUCGUUAAAAUCAGAAACGCAGGAAGUUAUGUUAAAAGAGAACGUGAUCAGCGGCACUUUGGCCGAGACAGCCGAGGAGUCCAAGUACAACGACGACAAGGGGCUAACCGACUUCCAGAAUAUUUCAUGGCCGGACAUAUUCAUCGCGGAUGAUUUCGUAAUCUCUUCGACGCCGCAGAAUGAAUCGCUCGAGGAAGAGAACUUCUUCAGCGGAUACAAGUCGUUGAGCAUUCCGCAGGAUACGAAGUAUAUCGAAGUGAUAUUAUGUUGUAAUAUAAAUUCUACUACCUCAUACGCGCAAUUGGCGGAGAACGACGACGACAUAUUCUCUCACGUAUUGCAUGAUUACUAUCUGCAAUAUGAAGCUAUAAUGUUGGACAUACAAAAGAAUGCAUCUUCUCGACCGUUAAUUAAAUUUUUUAAGAAUUAUACUCCAUGCAUAGCGAAGUUUACUGAUGACCAAUGGUAUAGAUGUAUUAUCACUCAAAGCGAAAAAAGUUCGGACAAUCAGUCAGUAGACGUUAUGCUGCAUUAUAUUGAUUAUGGUAAUAAUGAACAUAAGAUGCUAGAUUUAUCAAUAGAGAAUCAUGAUUUACGUGUACCAAAGCAAGAAUGGAUAGAAGUGCCCGCCAUGGCUAUCGAAUGCAAAUUUUGGAACCUUGAAUUCGUGUCUGACGAUAUAGAUCUACUAGCGUCACAGUUAGAUAAAAUAUAUAACACAGCAGUCGUGGCUCGAGUUAAGGAAAUACGUGACAAUAUGAUGGUGGCAGAAAUAUACGAGGACAAAACGUGCCAAAAACUUUUGUAUGCGCACUUAAUUGACGAGGGUUUGUACCAGUAUAAGAAGUCUAAAGAUGAUUAAAGUGUGCGUGCGUACAUAUACUCAUUAUGAUCAUUUCCGUUAUUAUACAUUUAUGAACAUUAUUUUUCUUUAUUAAAUGUAAAUAGAAUAGUAAGUUUGAAUUAAUGAAAUUCAGUUUUAGAUAAACUAUAUAUUUAAUCUUGUGACAAAAUUUAGUUUGUAAUUUUUCGUAUCAUCUAAUAUUGAAAUUAAUUGGAAAUUUGCAAAACUCAUGUUUAAAAACCAUCUUAAAAAAUUCGUAAGUU